AUUUCUGCUGCUCUGUGUGCAUCGUAAUUUGUAGUGCUCCAUCUCGGAGGCGAAAAUCAUGUGAAAAAGCGCCCCAAACGGUACCGAAUCAGCAGAAAAUGGCAACCCAAAAGCCAGGCGAAUGGGCCAAUUCGCUACUGGUGCGCUUCGAGGAGCAGCUACCGUACCGAACCGUCCAGUAUGGAACCCAGGCACGACUUACCAUCGAUCAGACCAUGAACUGUUUGAUACAGAUUUCCCGUUACCGGUUUUCGUUGGUGAUUUCCGGUCUCACGAAAAUGCUGCAACGGAUGAAUGAAAUCUUCUACAUUUUACAGUUUCAGCCACCGGCCUGCAGAGGACACGAACCGGACCGGUGCAGUUACGAUUCGUUGAUUGUUAUUUUGGAAACGUUGGAACGCUGUCUGUCCGAGCAGUCGAAAGAUACGGCCCGCUUCGAGGAGGCAAUGAAUGUGAAGCUAUUGCUACGUGAGAUUUGUCAGUUUAUAGACGUACAAAACGAGAACAAUCAGAAUGCAGCUUCGCUGAAAGCUCUUGCCUCCAAGGUGCUCUACGCGCUGUCGCAGAACCAUUUCGGAGCGGUGUUCAAUCGUAUUUCGGCUCGCCUACAGGAACUGAGUACGUGUUCGGAGGAAAAUCCGGAUUACAGCGACAUAGAACUGAUUCAGCAUAUCGAUUUGGAUGUGAAUCGUUUGACGAAGCUGCUGACGGAGACAAUUCAAAAGUUUAAAUCUUUGAAAAAAUCGGCUCAUUUCAUACUGCUGAACUCCCUGGAAAAGGCACUGUGGAAUUGGAUUGAGUUUCACCCGAAGGAGUUUGAGGAUUUGCAGCGCAACCCGAACGAUGAGCUGUCCAAGGGUUGCGAGACAUUUUUCGACAUUUUGGAUUCGUACGCCGAGAACAAGAAAGCUCGUUCGGUCGUGUGGCCACUGCAGAUUAUGCUGCUGGUGUUGAGUCCCAAGGUGCUGGAGGAGAUUGUGAAUGCGGAUUCGGGGGCCCCGUGUUCGCCGCGGCAUCUGAAGAAGAAACAUUUUAUGGAAGGAAUCAAAAAGGGCCUGGGAGCUCACGCAUCCUCGAAACAGUCGACGGAAUCGGCCGCCAUUGCGUGUGUUAAGCUGUGCAAAGCUUCCACCUACAUCAACAUCAACGAUUCGAACAAUGUUACGUUCCAGUUGGUGCAGAGUAUUAUCAACGAUUUGAAGGCACUGCUGUUUAACCCAGCCAAACCGUUUUCCCGUGGGCAAGGGUUCAACUUUCAGGAUAUUGAUCUGAUGAUCGAUUGCUGGGUGUCCUGUUUUCGAAUUAAACCACACAACAACGAAGCCCUGAAGGUUUGUCUGAGCUUAAAUUCGCCGCCGGCUUAUCACUUCGUGAUCGUUAGUUCACUGUUGAAAAUCGUAACCCAAGCUAGACUGCCGUGGUGGCCACAGAUUGAUUUGGUUUAUGCCCGUUCCGGUGAGCUGAGGGCAUUGUUUACCGACACGUUGAACAAGGCAACGCAGGGUUACAUCGCUCAUACGCCGCUAAGGAUGAUCACUUCGUUGACGCUCAAAUCCAAGGACGCCCAAAGUCGCUUGACUCGACCGGAUGAAGGUCCGGCCCAUAAAGCUUUGCUUCUGUUGAUGGUUCGGCUGAUUCACGCCGAUCCGAUGUUGCUGUUGAAUAGUUUGGGCAAAGCCGGCCACGAAGUACAGAGUUCAACGCUGGAAUUGAUCAACGGUCUUGUGUCGUUGGUUCAUCAACCGACGAUGCCCGAUGUGGCACAGGAAGCUAUGGAGGCCCUACUAGCAUUGCAUUCUCCGGAUAAAAUCGAAGUCUGGAAUCCGGAAGCUCCCAUCAACACCUUCUGGGACGUUAGCUCGCAGGUGCUGUUUUCGAUCUCGCAGAAACUGAUCCAACAUCAAAUCGCCAACUACACCGACGUGUUGAAGUGGUUACGUGAAAUUCUGAUCUGUCGAAAUACGUUCCUUCAGCGGCACAAGGAUUAUGCCAACGUGGGCAGUCAGAUUGCCAUUUGCCGGCAAGCGCACAUCAAACUGGAGGUGGUGUUUUUCAUGUACCUCUGGUCGGUGGAUUUGGAUGCCGUCAUGGUUUCGCUGUCUUGCUUCGGACUACUCUGCGAGGAAGCCGAAAUACGGUCCGGUUCGGAUGAACUGACCGUGGUUUGCAUCCUGGCGAAUUACCAUCUGUACCAGGAACUUUCGCAUACGUCGAGCACGUUGACAACGCAGAACGUGGAGUCCCGGUACAAUUUCUACGAACACACGCAGGGCAGGGCGGCUCUACAGAAAAACAUUAUGUCGUUACUGAGAAAAAUCGAACACUGCGUCAAUGGCGUACAGCCGGCUUGGGAGGAAACGUUCCGCAACUGGGAGGUAACUUCGAAGCUGUUGCAAAACUAUCCCAAGGGAAAACCGGAGGAAGGCCAGGCGGAAGUGUUUCAUCGUAGCAUGGGCAAACGACGGGCCAGUCAUCAAAGUUCGGAGCACGAUUUGGAGGAACAGAUUACCGAGUGGGCCAAUAUGACGUGGUUUUUACUGGCCCUCGGAGGUGUUUGUCUGCAGAAACCUCGUAUGCAGCGUGUCACGCAGAGUAGCCAAAUGUUACCGAUUGGGGUCAGCGGUCCAUCGUUGAUGCAGUCGACCACUUCGCUGUCCAGUUCCAGUUCGGGCCGUGGUUCGAUGCAUCCGAUUAUGGGCACCCUGGUGUCGUCGAUUGGAGGUGGCAGUCAGGACGUGCAGUACUGUCCGGUGACGCAGUUUAUCGGCCAGUUGCUUCGGUUGUUGGUGUGCAAUAACGAGAAGUUUGGUCCGCAGAUUCAGAAACACGUGAAAGAGCUGGUCGGGCAGGAAAUGUCCGCCCAACUGUACCCAAUUCUGUUCGAUCAGAUUCGGGCGAUCGUGGAGAAGUUCUUCGACCAGCAGGGACAGGUCGUGGUGACGGACAUCAACACGCAGUUCAUCGAACAUACGAUUUACAUCAUGAAGUCGGUGUUGGACGGCCGGCAGAGUAAGGAUCAGAACGAUCAACCAUCGAAUGCGGAACAUUUGGGUGUGACAAGCAUUGAGAACCUGAUGUUGGCGAUUGUGCGAUAUGUCCGUCAUCUGGACAUGACCGUGCACGCGAUCCACAUCAAAACCAAACUGUGUCAGUUGGUUGAGGUUAUGAUGAAGCGUCGGGAUGACUUGGCGUUCCGACAGGAGAUGAAAUUCCGAAACAAGCUGGUCGAAUACUUGACGGAUUGGGUGAUGGGAACGUCGCAUCAAAUAGCACCUCCGAGCUCGGGAGAUGUGACCAUCAUAACCCGUGACCUCGAUCAAGCCUGUAUGGAAGCGGUGGCGGCUCUUCUGCGUGGUCUACCACUGCAACCGGAGGAAUCCGAUCGGGGUGAUCUGAUGGAUGCCAAAAGUGCACUGUUUCUGAAGUACUUUACACUGUUUAUGAAUCUACUGAACGAUUGCGUGGACGGUUCGGAAGCCGAUAAAGAUACAAACAAUCCACCGUUGCUUCCACCGCGACCGCGGGUAGCUGCCGGGAAGUUGACGGCCCUUCGGAAUGCUACCAUUCAAGCAAUGUCCAAUUUGCUGAGUGCCAACAUCGACUCCGGGCUGAUGCAUUCGAUUGAUCUGGGUUAUAAUCCCGAUCUUCAGACAAGGGCUGCCUUUAUGGAAGUGUUGACUCAAAUUCUUCAACAGGGUACCGAAUUUGACACUCUGGCCGAAUCGGUUAUGGCCGAUCGGUUCGAGCAGUUGGUUCAGUUGGUGACCAUGAUCAGUGACAAGGGGGAACUACCGAUCGCUAUGGCACUGGCAUCGGUCGUAACAACAUCCCAGAUGGAUGAACUUGCCCGGGUUCUGGUGACCCUGUUCGAUGCCAAACACUUGCUGUCUCCCCUCCUAUGGAACAUGUUCUACCGAGAGGUUGAAGUUUCCGACUGUAUGCAAACUUUGUUCCGUGGAAAUUCACUCGGCAGUAAAAUCAUGGCGUUCUGUUUCAAGAUCUACGGAGCCAGCUACCUGCAGGGCUUGCUGGAACCUCUGAUCCGUCCCCUGCUGGAGGAUCCCGUUACCAGUUUCGAGGUAGAUCCGGCUCGUUUGGAAACCAACGAAGACAUCGAAGUGAACCGGAAGAAUCUGAUCGCCCUAACGCAGAAGGUUUUCGAUGCCAUCGUCAACUCGGCCGAUCGUUUUCCGCCGCAACUUCGUUCGAUGUGCCACUGUUUGUAUCAGGUUCUGAGCAAACGUUUCCCCAACCUGCUGCAGAACAACAUCGGUGCCGUCGGGACGGUGAUCUUUCUUCGGUUCAUCAAUCCAGCGAUCGUUUCUCCACAGGAACUGGGCAUCGUUGGAAAGCAGGUUCCCACUCAGAUCAAACGAGGCCUGAUGUUGAUGUCCAAAAUUCUGCAAAACAUCGCCAACCACGUGGAAUUCUCCAAAGAACAGCACAUGCUUUGUUUCAACGAUUUUCUACGAUCGCACUUCGAGGGAGGUCGCCGGUUCUUCAUUCAGAUCGCAUCGGACUGUGAAACGGUUGAUCAAACGUCCCAUAGCAUGAGCUUCAUCUCGGAUGCGAACGUUCUGGCACUGCACCGACUGCUGUGGUCCCACCAGGAACGGAUUGGAGAUUACCUGUCGAGUAGCCGUGAUCAUAAGGCAGUGGGGAGACGACCGUUCGAUAAGAUGGCAACACUGUUGGCCUAUCUGGGACCUCCGGAGCACAAACCGGUCGACUCGCAUCUGCUGUUUUCUAGCUACGCUCGCUGGAGUUCGAUCGAUAUGUCGUCCACCAACUUCGAGGAGAUCAUGGUGAAACAUCAAAUGCACGAAAAGGAAGAGUUCAAAACUCUCAAGUCGAUGAACAUUUUCUAUCAGGCGGGAACUAGCAAAGCCGGUAAUCCCGUAUUCUACUACAUCGCACGACGGUAUAAAAUCGGCGAAACCAACGGUGAUCUGCUGAUCUAUCACGUCAUUCUUACGCUGAAACCGUUCUGCCAUUCCCCGUUCGAAGUGGUGAUCGAUUUUACGCACACCUGCUCGGACAACCGCUUCCGUACGGAGUUCCUGCAGAAGUGGUUCUACGUUCUGCCGGAGGUGGCCUACGAAAACCUACACGCAGCCUACAUCUACAACUGCAACUCGUGGGUACGGGAGUACACUAAAUUUCACGAUCGCAUACUUGCUCCCCUCAAAGGUUGCCGGAAGUUGAUCUUCCUAGACUCUCCAGCCAAGCUAAACGACGUGAUCGAUCCGGAACAGCAGAAACUGCCCGGUGCAACGCUUUCCCUCGACGAAGAUUUGAAGGUGUUUAACAAUGCCCUCAAACUGAGCCACAAAGAUACCAAGGUAGCGAUCAAGGUUGGUCCAACGGCACUGCAAAUUACGUCGGCCGAGAAAACCAAAGUUCUGGCCCACUCGGUUCUGCUGAACGAUGUUUACUACGCGUCGGAAAUCGAAGAGGUUUGUUUGGUGGAUGACAAUCAGUUUACGUUGUCGAUCGCCAACGAAAGCUCUCAGCUCAGUUUCAUCCACAACGACUGUGACAACAUAGUUCAAGCCAUAAUCCACAUCCGUAACCGGUGGGAACUGAGCCAACCGGAUUCCGUCACUGUUCAUCAGAAGAUCAGACCCAAGGAUGUCCCGGGAACGCUGCUAAACAUGGCCCUGCUUAAUUUAGGAUCAUCCGAUCCGAACCUACGAACUGCGGCUUACAAUCAACUGUGCGCACUGACGGCAACGUUCGAUCUGAAGAUCGAAGGACAACUGCUGGAAACUCAAGGCCUGUGUAUUCCCUCUAACAACACCAUUUUCAUCAAAUCGGUCAGUGAAACGUUGGCUACGAACGAACCGCACUUGACGCUGGAAUUCCUCGAAGAGUGUAUCCAAGGUUUCCAGCGAAGUACGAUCGAACUGAAGCAUUUAUGUCUGGAGUACAUGACACCUUGGUUGGCCAAUCUGGUGCGGUUCUGUAAGCCGUCGGAUGAAGGUAAACGACAGAAGCAGGUAGCGUUGAUCCUGGAAAAAUUGAUCAAUCUCACGAUCGAACAGAAGGAAAUGUAUCCUUCGAUUCAGGCCAAGAUUUGGGGCUCGAUCGGACAGAUCCCGGAACUGAUCGACAUGGUCCUGGACAAUUUCAUCCACAAAUCGGUCAGUUCGGGGCUGGGAUCGCCACAGGUGGAAAUCAUGGCCGAUACGGCAGUCGCACUGGCAUCCGCCAACGUGCAACUGGUGGCGAAGAAAGUCAUCGGUAGGCUGUGUCGAGUCAUGGACAAGACAUGCCAUUCACCGACGCAGUACCUGGAGCAGCACAUGAUGUGGGAUGACAUUGCGAUUCUUGCCCGCUACCUGCUGAUGUUGUCGUUCAACAAUUGCUUGGAUGUCGCACGCCAUUUGCCGUACCUGUUUCACACCGUAACUUUCCUAGUUUGCAGUGGAUCACUCUCGAUGCGAGCAUCGACGCACGGUCUAGUGAUCAACAUUAUUCACUCGCUCUGUACCUGCACCAAACCGUCCUUCUCGGAGGAAACCCAACGAGUGCUUCGACUUUCGCUGGAUGAAUUCUCUCUGCCUAAAUUUUACCUUCUGUUCGGUAUUAGCAAAGUGAAAUCUGCUGCCGUCACGGCAUUCCGGUCAUCCUGCCGGCACCCGAACGAUCGCUGGUUAGGUAAUGAACGAGUCUCGCAAGCACCGCCAGCCGAUCGGGAACGACUAGCCCUUCCAUCGCUGGAAGUCAUUACCGAUGCCCUGCUGGAAAUCAUGGAAGCUUGCAUGCGUGAUAUUCCGGACUGUGACUGGCUGCAGACAUGGACCUCGCUUGCCAAAAGUUUCGCCUUUUGCUAUAACCCAGCCCUACAACCGCGCGCUCUGAUCGUGUUCGGUUGCAUCUCGAAGAGCAUAACCGAUCAGGAUGUCAAACAGCUGCUUCGAAUUCUAGUCAAAGCCUUGGAAUCAUUCAACGAUAUUAUUCUGCUGGAAUCUCUAGUCAUGUGUCUUACCCGUCUGCAACCGCUGCUACGUCCCGAAUCUCCCAUCCACAAGGCUCUGUUCUGGGUGGCCGUCAGUGUACUCCAGCUGGACGAGUCGACUCUGUACGCUGCCGGAUUAGCGCUGCUAGAGCAAAAUCUGCACACACUCAACUCACAGCAGCUGUUCGACAAACAGAACAUUGCCGACGUUAUGAUGGCCACACGGGAACCGUUGGAGUGGCACUUCAAGCAGCUCGAUCACGCCGUCGGACUAUCGUUCAAGUCAAACUUUCACUUUGCGCUGGUGGGCCAUCUGCUGAAAGGGUUCCGACAUCCGACGCCGACGACGGUUUCUCGUACCUCCCGGGUGCUGACCAUGCUGCUGGGAAUCAUCGCGAAGCCUCAUCGGCGCGACAAGUUCGAAGUGACGCCGGAUAGUGUGGCCUAUUUGACGGCACUGGUUUGCCUAUCGGAAGAGGUCCGGUCGCGCUGUCACGUGAAACACACACUACCGCGCUGGCCAGUGGAAACCGGCGGAACCGUGGACUCCGGAACCGGUGGUGAUCCGUUGGCAACGGGAGGCGCUGCUGGUUCGCACAGUGGAACAGCUGGCAACCAGAAUGUACGCCGGCAGAAAUCCUGGGAUAUGCUGGACCAAUCGGCGAUCCAGUUCGCUCGACAAUCGCACAAAGUUCAACCGCACCAGGACCCGGCUAUCAGAGGAAAAUCCUGGCGAAGUUUAGAUUUAACCCAUAAUCCGCAUCUGGGUAUGAUAAGUCAUUCCACGUUUGUGUCACAUGCCUGUACUAAUACAAAUAUGAGUAGUAGUACGCCCUCUGCGUAUAACACGAGCACCUCCACCACUACCACUACCAAUAACAACAACAACACGAUUACCAACAACUCAAACAACACCACCGGCAGUGGUCAGCUCGGUGGCGCCUACCAUCGGAGCGAUUUCCGCAAUCGCCGUUCUUCGUCGGAACCGGUCAAUCAUCAAUUGGCCAAUCCGAACAUUGCCAAACUGUUGACCCUGAAACAGGCUCACGUUUACUCGGGUACCAGCAUCUCUCCCACUCCCCUCUCCACUGGGUUCGGUCAAACCUGUGGUAGUGGAAAUGCCGCCACUAUCACCACUACCACCACCACCACCACCACUACCAACCUGACCACUACUCAUACAAGUAUCACCACUACCAACAGUACGCUAACGAUCAAUACGGCCCACAGUAGCGCUACUAACAGUACUAGUCCGGCACAGUCUAUCGAAGAGAUUGAAAACGACGAUGAUGCGAAUAACUUCAUCGUCGACUGUUUGCAAGACAUUUCAUCGAUCAAAGACAAAUGCUCAAACACGGCCCGGUUACUCUUCAAGACGCAACGUUCGUUCUCGGUUCCUACACCCCGGGAACGGCAGGGAAAACCCGCCAAUGGGCAGAAGGAACGUGGAUCUCGUUCUUCAGUAUCGAACGAAUCGAACGUGCUGCUAGAUCCGGAAGUUCUACCGGAUUCGUCUACCCAGGCACUGGUACUGACGGUAUUGGCAACACUGGUUAAGUAUACCACCGAUGAAGCCGAGACGCGGGUUCUCUAUCAGUAUCUGGCCGAGGGAUCGGUUGUUUUCCCUAAAGUGUUUCCGGUCAUACACUCACUGCUCGACCAGAAAGUAAACAACGUGCUGUCAGUGUCAACUGAUCAGAUCGUGCUGGCGUCCGUUCAGAGCAUCAUCCAGAACAUGUUGGCGAGUGAGGAUGCUUCACAGCAGCCAUUGCACUUCCUGCAAAGUUGUGGUUUCGGCGGUUUGUGGCGUUUCGCUGGACCAUUCACUAAGUACAACAUGAUGGUGGAAUCGUCGGAACUGUUCGUCAACUGUCUGGAAGCAAUGGUCGAAACCUGUCUGCCGAUGGAGGAAAACUCCCCGAUGCCGCCAUCUCCCCGACCGUACAAUCUAAGCUCGAGUUUGAGCAGCUUGACGCUCGGUUCACCAACGGACAAAGCCUUUUCAUCAGAAUCCCUAGAUCACGACGGCUUUAGUGGUAGUGUUAGUUCACUGCGCAGAGCUUCCUGCAGUAAAGCACGUAGUACAAAGCAUCGAUUCGUUGAUAGUCCAACCCAUAAUAUUUGAACGGCACAUCUAACCUAGAAAACCCCGAUAUCACCUGCUAUCCACCAUCACAAUCAUCAAAAUUAAUCAAUCAAUAAUCCUGUAGACAGCAGAACAAAACAAAAAAAUGAAGGUAAUCUCAGAGUAAUAAAAAUGUACGUAGCUUUCAUUCACAUUAUAUCUAAAUGUAACAGAAGAUAACUGCAGUUUACACGCAUAUUCAUGAAUGGUUAAUCUAGAAAAAAAAUCAAACAAAAGUUCAAUGUGCAUUUACAACACGUUCUGACUCUGAAAACACCAUCAUACCCAGCUGAAGACUCGGGUUUCAUGGUACACUGGCAGACUUUUUACAAUAGUCCAGUAAAGUACCGUAACACCUGAAUACCUCCAAUGCACUUUGCACUUCAGUAUGAUACACCGCAAUCAACGAAUUAACACUUUAAACGCAAUACUACUACAACGCAUCUCUUUCUCUCUGCACCUACUAACUCACGAACCCUGCUACAGCUAGUGCAAACAAACAAAAAAAUAGCAUUAUGUGUAAUACAAAUUAGUAGAAAAACUGUCACCUUGACAUUUGCUUUUAUACACUUAACAACUUAACCCAGAAGAUCGAACAAAUUCAAUAUUCUUCAGUUCAUAGUUAGUUAUCAGUACAAACUGCAGACAAACGUGUGCCAAUAUAUUUUAUUGUACAGUAUGAAUACAUUAGUUGAAUUUGGUUAAAAGAAAAACAAACUAUUGGUAACCCGGCAGCUCUAAAAUCUCGUUGAUGACUGAAUAUCCUUCGCAUAGUUAUAUUUCACUGUUUAGUUUUGACGCUAAAAGUGUACUGAGCAGAGAUUCUAUCGAGGCCUGUUAUAGUAGAUGUAUCUAUAUAAAUAUUUUACUUGUUACUUCACAUAGCUCACACUACUGUGGUGCGGCAGUAAAAGCCGCACUUUUCACAAACAAGUACACCACAUAUGAUAUGCAAUAAAUAUUUUGUGUAAAAUAA